GAAACUUGUAUAAGAAUUGAAAUACCUACGACCUAGAGCUGUGUAUGAACAAAGGAAGAGGCAUGUUCUUCUCAAACGUGAUUUGCUUGGUCAGUUUGUCGAGCAGUUUUAGCGCAGUUCAGGCGAGCACAAUGACGCUCUUCACCGACGUAAAGAUCGCGCAGGCUUGGACCACGUCUUACUUGGAGGCACCGAGCGCAUGCGUGUGCCGGAAUCGGUGCUUCGUGGACACGCGGUGCCUGGCGGUGUCCAUCACUCAGGCGGCCUCCGUGUCCAAGUGUUACUUCAGCAGCAGCGCCUCGGUGCUCACCAACUUACUCAUCACAGACUCGGCCUUCAUCACCUUCAUUAAGAAUAAAGGCGUGUGCCGGAAUCGGUGCUUCGUGGACACGCGGUGCCUGGCGGUGUCCAUCACUCAGGAGGCCUCCGUGUCCAAGUGUUACUUCAGCAGCAGCGCCUCGGUGCUCACCAACUUACUCAUCACGGACUCGGCCUUCAUCACAUUUACGAAGCAAAAAUUCUACAAUUAA